AUGCAUCCAUAUCAUUCUACCUUCAUGCAGAAGCAACGUCAACAACAAAGAGAGAAAAGAAUAGAAAGGAAUACCCGCUCUUAUAUGGAUAAGAGUAAUAAUAAUAAAAAUCCUCCUCCUUCUACUAUUACUACUACUACUACUACUACUAAUUCUGCGGCGGUUAUAUCACCAUUGCCGUUGUCUACACAGGAAGAUCAGGAGGAGGAGGAGGAGUUCCUGUUAACAUCGCAGUUGAAGGAACAACUCUACCGCAUCUACACAAGUGUAUCUCGACAGCGGGAGUGGUUUAAACUACACGAGGCAAACGCCAUACUUCUCGCAGAGGAAGCAGAGAAACUACGGGGACGUUUCUUUCCACAGGAAGAGAAGAUCUUAACAGCGAUUGCAAAGACAACCUCACAACUCUCUUCUCUAUCUCAUCACAGAAGAGAAGUAAAUGAGGAAAAUACAUCAAGGGAAGUAAAAGGAAUAGAACCAACAAUAAUGGCGGCUCAGACAUUUACACAAUCGCAGGAGCCUAUAUCUAUACAAGCCAAUACAGAUGUAGGAGCAGCAACAUCACAACAUACAUUGGAGUCAUGUCGUCCAUUUAUUUCAUCUAAUCAUAAUAACAACGAUGGGUAUACUUUACCACAAUCUAUGGAUUUCAUACCCUAUUCAGCUACAGUAAAAACAACAAUAACAACAACAACAACAAAUGCAGUUACUAUUAUGAUUCAGCGAGUAGUGCCGGAGUAUCUCCUGCAACUCACACCUUGUUGGAUACAUGAACAUCUCGGAAGUGAAAGUACGGCGAAUAAACCGCCCAUCGCCAUGGAAGAGGCUGCUAAUGCACUCACGGCUCUCUUGGCUCCAUUACUUCGUGCCCUCAAUGGUAUUGUGCAUACAGUUCAUGAUUUUAAUAAUAAUAAUAAUAAUAAUAAUAAUAAUAAUAAUAAUAAUAAUAUGGAUGGGGCAGUUGUGUUUAGGUCACUUUCUGCAGUGGCCAGACAUUUAUUUUGCCUCCUGCAUGAGACGUUGUGUUGUCUUUCACUCUGGACAACACCGCCGCAGCCGAACAGUGCAGAUCGUGUGGAAAUGAUGGGAAUUCUCACACAACUGCUAGAUACACCAGGGAAUAAUGGGAUAAUACUACAAGAACUUCUCUGCAGUAGUGAUGAUAAUAAUAAUAAUAAUAAUAAUAAUAAUAAUAAUAAUAAUAAUAAUAAGAGGGAUAAUCCUUUGGCUUAUGACAAUACACAAAUAACAACACCUUUGCCUCCCUCUGUUGUUAGCGAGGCAUUCGACUACUUGGUCAUUCAAUACUUAAGAAUGCGUGUUGGUCAAUGA